AUGCGUCUAAGAGAGUACGUCGAAUCGUUCGUUGAUUUACCACUGGAAGAUUUGAUCACUGGCUCGCUUUAUCAAGAAGCUUUACGCAUAUUUGAUGCUGUUAUUCUUGUGCCAUCGUCUGACCCACGUAAAAUCCCCAGAAAUAUACAGUUUGCUGCGGAAUAUGAGGAUCACGAGAAGUUUAUCGAUACCAUAGUAGCGUAUUUGAUGAAUGAGGAUCAACAGGACGUUUUGACUUGUGGAUAUAUUGAUGGCGGUCAACUCUUGAAUGUGUCCAGCCCUUUUGUUUGUCCUGGUGUCAACUUCUCCAUUCAACUAUUAAAAAGUCCUGCUUUUAAAGCAAUACGCCAUAUUGUACCAGGUGCUCAAGGGUUCUUGCAGCUUUUAUUUAACUACGAUGGAUAUAUGGGGGUCAAUGGGCUCAAAUUAUGGGGGCCUUUACAUGACUACAAAUAUAAACACGUCAAAAAUGAUUCUAGAACGGUUUCAUAUAGAGAUAUGCUCUAUCAGGAGCCUGCAACUUUGAAAGGACGUGGUCCUCUUCCUGAAACCGCUCGUGAAUGCCUUCGGGAGAUUUUCCCAGACGAGAUUCAAGUGGAAAAGAAAGCGCCUAAGCGAUUCAGGAAGAUCACCAAGAUCUUGAAGACUGUUAUGAUCAAUCAUACCAAGAAACAAUACGAGUAUCCGUACAUCUUGGAAUCAGUCUGCGGUAACGCUAGUGUACAGGGCGACGACUUUCUCAAGAUGGCAACAUCUAAGAAAUUUGUGGUGAGAUUUGUUCUUAUAAUUGUUGAUAAGGUGUUUCCUUUAGAGCAUAUUGGUUCUUCAUCAAAUAAGGCCGUGUUAUUCACUAAGAUUGCCGAAUUUUUGCAUGUUUCCCUAAGAGAGAAAGUUGAUGUCAAGAAUUUGGUAAGGGGAUUGAAGAUUGAUGAAAUAUGCUGGCUAAAGCCUAGGGCAGAUGUUAGAAUGACUAAACCUGAAUUUCUACGGGCGCAAUCUAUGCUCGAGAAGUACCUCAAGUGGUUCUUUGGAAGAUUCAUUAGCGGGCUUGCUGGUUCUUUCUUUCAUGUCACCGAAGGCUCUCAAAAAAGCAUUAUGCUCUUUUAUAGGCACAAAGUGUGGACCUCGAUUUCCAACCGUUUUAAAGGAAGGUACUUUGUCAAACAUUUGGAUAAGUCUCUUGAAUCCACCAAUUCGUUAAAGUCAUUUUUCGAAAACGACGAUUUUGUUGCCAAAUUGAAGUUUUUACCCAAGCCGAAAGGAUUUAGACUUAUAGCACCACCUUUUAAAGGUAUUUCCCAGGAGCAUUUCAGUUAUAUGGAGUAUGAGAAGGAUUAUAUGCAGCCAAUAUUAUCGGUUCUACAGGCAGUUAGAGCUAAAAACGAUGGUUGUAUUUCAUCUGUUAGUAAUCUGAUUAUCAAAGUUUCCCAAUUUAAGAAGAGACUGGUUAGUGAAUUUGGAUCAUUCCCAAAGUUUUAUGGACUGAAGUUCGAUGUCAAGAGCGCUUAUGAUUCUGUUCCGCUUGACUUAGCGAAAAGGGUGGUACGCCAGCAACUUAACUCAUAUUCGGAAACAGAGUCGAUUGUUGUCAGGCAGUUUCAAACUUUAGAUGAGAAGAACGUAGUGACGUCCAGAAAGCGUCGCAAGGUGAUGUCUGCACAAGUUGAAACCUUGGAGUCCGUAGAGGAAUUGGCCUGCCGCAAUGAUAAGCCGUCGGUUGAGAAAACCCACCCAAUAGUUCUCACUAAAUCUGAGAUUAUCCGUUUUGUCGACGACCAACUUUCCAAAAUGGCUGUCGUGUACCAUGGAAUAACCUAUAAGAGGAAAAUAGGACUAUUCCAAGGAUUUAACCUUUCCGGAAUAUUAUUUGAUAUGGUUUACGAUACUGUGCUCGAUUAUAUUAAGAAAGCUACGCAUACUGAUACAGAUGCUCAUACUGGGGUUUUUAGGCUUGUCGACGAUUUUUUGGUUCUCUCUACUGACGAACAGGUGAUCCACCGGUUUAGAAAAUUGAUUUGCAGGCCAAUACACGAAUUUAACCUGAACAUAAACCGUCUCAAGACAGAUUGUUCUGAUGAAUCACUUACUUUCGUUGCUCUGGAUAUUAGUCUAAAAGAUAUCUCAUUUUUGAAACCCGUGGACAGUUAUAUCUCGAAUCCUGUCAAUCUACCUUCCUUUGCUGCACUCUACAAGAGGCUUAUGUAUUCUUUCGAAAUCAGGUUUAAGUCGCCAAUAUUUGCUUUCGCACAUAAUGAGAUUCAUGCCAUUCGUGAGAAUGUUCACCACUUAAUCAAAGCUCAAACUCUUCGUUUCAUAUCAUCAUAUCGUCUCAUUAAGAAGCGUGAUUGUUUCGUUCCAGAGCUGUUCCAUUCAUUCUUGAAUGAUAUGUUCGGGUCAAUUCAGAAAAAGCUCCCCUUUCCUAAACUGGCUUUGGAGGAAGAUGAUUUGAAACAGGACGUGUAUGCUCUUCUCAGAAGUAAUCGUGUAUUAUAG